UCUUGGCAAUGUCAGACAUAACCCUUCAAGAACUACGCAAGGGCCUAAAAGAAUGGGAAUCAGCAUUCUUCACAGUUCACAGGCGCAAACCAGACAAGACUGAUAUAAGCCAGGCACCAAGUGAUAUUAAAGAAAAGUACAAGCUUUAUUUCCAAAGAAAGAAAGAGGGGAACAUGGGGAAUGACUCUUUGCUGAAAUCACCAGAGAUAUCUCAGAGUGAAGUCUGGGGCGCGGAGUUCAACAAAAAGCCAAAGUCUGACAGCCCUGCAGCAACAGCUACUGCAGCUCCCACCCCUAGAGCCACGCUGGACAAACUUGGUGGUAAAUUAUUGAGAAAUUUGGCCACAACUCCAAAAGAAACAUGGAGCAAGAAGAAAAUGAAAGGCGUUUUUAGGAAUUCAACAUCUGAGGUGGCUGCUCAGCAAGAUGAAUGCUCAGCAUCUUCCAACACAAGCACCCCUCAGUCUGACAAAAUGUCCAGUCAGCAUCUGGGCUCUGCUGGACCAUCACAGGACCAACCUGACGGUCACGAUGAUUUCGCUCUCAAAGGUGACAUCUUUAAAGGAGCAGCCAAGCUGAUUGGUCGAUCCAGCUUCGAAGGCGGUAAAAACUCUCUGACUGCCAAACCGAGGUUGUCGUUUCUCUCAAGAAAGUUAUUCCGGCAGUCGGACACUGGUGCCGGGGGUGAAGCGGAGGAUAGUUUUUCUAAAGAGGCAAAAAAUUUCUGUGACGAUAGUAUGGAACAUGAAGAUAAGCCUGACCAUGAUUUUAAAAUCUCUGAACGUCCAAACACCAUAACAGACGCUGAAGGUUCAGAAGACAAGGACACCAAAAAAAUUAUUGACCAGGAUUACAGCAAUGAAAAGAUAUGUAGUGUUCAAAGGUCAAGGCUGUCAUUCGUCUCAAAGGUCAGUUGUUCAAGCCCAGUCACAAGUUCACCCAAACCGCGCGAACACGACUCUGUGAAUUUGGAUAACAUUCAGGAUACUUUCUCAUUAGGGCAGGCUUUCUGCAAGCCUGGGGAUAAACCAAUCAAAGAUUCCAGUAGUAAAUCUACUUCAUCUUAUUCCUAUGACUCCUUUGCUUUCAUGGAAAAUAUAGAGGGUGACAGUAUUAGCAGUGAUACUGCAGUGUUGGCUAAGGCUAAGCCAGUCGCUGUGAGAAGAAAUAGAAAAAAACUGGGACCUCCGGAUAAAGGUGCUGCUGUGACAGAUGGUGACGGUGUUGCUGGUGGUGGUGGUGGUGUUGCAGAUGGUGUCAAGGCAAAGCCACCUAGAAAAGGUGUUAAAAGAAAACAGGAGACAUCUGGAGAUCAAGCAGUUGGUGAAGAGCCUAUAGAACAACAACACACUGCAGGGGAUGGAUCUAGUGAUAAUAAAACCAUGGCAACCAAAACAACAGUCACUUCAGGCAAGACACCUGGCAGAAAACGGAGUGCUGCUGCUAUGAAUGAAAACUAUGUUUGUCUCAACAUGAAGCGGAAGGGCUACAGAAGAAAGGGUGCCGGGAUGACAGGCGCUCAGUUGCGAAGGAAACAAUGGAAAUCCAAAAUGGCAGCCCGCAGCAAAAGUUUUGGCAGCAACAAGUGUUUUAAAUGUGGCCAAGAGGGCCACUGGGCCAACAAAUGUAAAGGUAAAUCAAGCUUUAGUAAAGAGGCGAAUAAAGAACCUGAAGACGACAUGCCGCCAGUAGAGGAAGCAGAGUUUCCAAGUCUUAGAGAGGCAGCAUUGAUGAGUCGAGGAAUUAAAGGUAAAGCUAAAACAAUCAUAUUUAUAGACAUCAACAAGUAUGCAGUCAUAGCAGUGUAA